ACCAGUUUACAAAACCUGAAUUGUUACUUGAAAACUGCAGGGGUGCUUCAGCAGUCCGCACUUUGACUCUUCUACCGAUAACAACACAUGAAAUUCUUGAGAUGGAAAGAAUUUUCUUUCUUCAAAGAGAGACGUAUAAUUUUUACAUUUUUAAAAAAGACAUUUUAACAAAAACCUUCAAUGGAACAGUCUCUAAGCAAGUUACGAACUGUGAUUCUAUUUCUUGUCUCGCUGGUCGAAAUGACUUUAUUCUCAGCACCACUUCUUGGCUGGCCAUCGUUGAUUAUUAUUCUUAAAGAAGAACAAAUUGCAUCACAUUUGUGUCCGAGACUCUCCAUACAAAAUGGCAGUCAAUCAAUAAAUUACCAGCACUUCUCAUUAUGUGCAGAACAGGAGAAAAGUUUGAACUUAAGUCAUAACAUUGCAGUAAUGGUAAUGGCAGUAUAUGUAUUCCUGGCAGGAUGGGCAAUAGAUAGAUAUGGUGCAAAACCAGUAAAAAUAUUUUCCAGCGCCAUGUUUUCUCUGUCGGCAGCAUUGUUUAUGUUUACAACAUCCAAAACUCCAGAAACCCUGACACCAGCACUGGUAGCCACAGUGAUUGCAAACGUUGGGCUGAUGCUCAGCAUUGUCAAGUCCGCAGUUUUGUACGGCAAAUGGAAGUCCACAGCAAACAGCAUCUUUUUGUGUGCGUUAACAUCGUCUGCUGUCACGUUUCUUAUAUUCAAGGUAACGUAUGUAUUGUAAUGAAAAAAGUCUUAAAAAUUUCCUUUUAUUAUUUGCACGUUUUCUCGUUAUUUUUG